AUGACCUCGAAAGAAAGCGGGAUGGUAGCGACCGUUGAUCAUGAGGAGAUGCAUUCCGACGUAGAUGCGACAGUCAGGAACUUCGAAGUGAAGGAGAAAAUAGAUCCCUAUAUGAAUGACUCUGUAGUCCAAAUCGACGCCGCCACAGAUCGAAGGCUUUUUUGGAAGAUCACUCGUCGAGUCCUUGUUAUCCAGGUGAUAACUUACUUUUGUCAGUCUUUGGAUAAAGGGAUCUUGAAUUAUGCCUCGAUUAUGGGGAUCAAGCAAGAUGCCCACCUGGUAGGCCAACAGUAUUCAUUGCUAGGAACAAUCCUCUACAUUGGUAUUCUCGUCGGCGAAUAUCCGCAAAAUUUGAUUCUACAAAAGUUUCCUGUGGCCAAAACCUUGGCUAUUAAUGUUUUCAUAUGGGGCGCAGUAGUAUCAUGCUCAGCUGCAUCGACUAAAUUUGGGUCCUUAAUGGCGGUGCGCUUUUUAUUAGGAUUUUUUGAAAGCUGUGUUCAGCCCGCCAUGAUGCUAGUGACGGCAAUGUGGUACAAGAGAGAAGAACAAUCCGUCUUGAACUCGAUUUGGUAUUGUAUGACUGGGGUUCAGUUAAUUGUUGGCGGUCUCCUAGCUUUCGGUGUCUCUCAUUAUACAGACGGAUCGAUCAAGAGUUGGCAACUUUUGUUCCUUGUUCUCGGUAUUUUCACAUGUGUUUGGUCCGUAUUUAUUGGCAUAUUCCUUCCAGAUAGUCCAUUAUCAGCAAAAUGCUUCCCUGAAGAAGACAAACUGCUGAUGAUAGAGCGUGUACGAAACAACGAGACUGGCAUUGAAAACAAAGAAUUCAAGAGGUACCAAGUGCUCGAGGCGAUCCAGGAUCCUCUGGUUUGGUGCUUAGUGAUACUCAUUUUUGUUGCUAACUUGGUUAUUGGAGGCUUGGGAGUAUUCUCUAACCUCAUCAUUGAAGAAUUUGGGUUCUCGCUUCUUCAAACUGAUCUCCUCAAUAUUGCUCAAGGAGCUUGGACAAUUAUUGUCAUGGUUGGAUCCGCUUGGGCAUCGCAACGGUUCCAACAAACCUGUUUGGUCAUGAUUCUAUGGGUAAUCCCACCAAUUGUCGGCACAAUCAUCAUUAUGGUCGUCACCCCAACACCAUACAACGCGGGCGGAAUGUUGAUCGCCUUCUACUGCACUCAGUUCUUCCUUGCAGAAGGCAACAUGAUCAUUUCACUCAUAACUCGCAAUGUUGCUGGACAGUCGAAAAAGAGUUGCACAAUGGCGAUGCUCUUUAUUGGUUGGGCUGUCGGCAACCUGAUUGCGCCUCAGAUUUUUCAAAACCAAGAUGCUCCUCGCUAUUUACAUGGCUUUUUGGCGCAUCUUGUUAUUUAUAUUGUUUACUUUUUUCUAGUGAUAUUGACUCGUGUGAUUAUCAUGUCCAGGAACCGUUCAAAAGAGUCUGUAACGACUCAAGUCACUCAUGACCUGGCUUUCGAGGAUCUCACUGAUCGUGAAAAUCCAAAUUUUCGUUAUGUUUACUAG